AUGGUGGAUGCUAAAACUAUCGCCAACUCUGGGCUCGACUUGCAAGUUGACAAAAUCAGAAGGUUUCAAGUGAGGUCAGAUGAUAUGUUUGUUAUAACAUAUCCAAAGUCCGGGACAACAUGGAUGAAAGAACUCGUUCCAUUGGUGUUAAACGGUGGUGACAUAGAAGCCAUUAAAGACAUAGCCUCCGAUGUCAGAAUGCCUUACAUAAACUUUGCUCUGACCAGUGACCCGCUUCUGAAACAAGACCUCGCUGAAUUAGGUGUCAUCUAUGUCAGUCGUAAUCCAAAGGAUGUGGCUGUUUCCUGUUUUCAUUUUGUCCAAGCAGUGACCUCCUCACGCAGUUCACCAGGUUACGAGAAUUUUAGCGCCUUUUUACCUGAUUUUAUCAGUGCUAAAAAUGAUGCACAAUGUGUGAUUUACGAUGGUUCACUGUGGAAAGACCAUUUUCUACACUGGUGGAGUCGAAGACACGAUAUGAAUGUCCUUUUCAUGUUUUAUGAAGAUAUGAAACAGGUAAAGUUGGUGGUUGGGAGAACUAUCACUGUAGCUGAGAGUGAAUUAUUUGAUACACAUUACAAAGUUUGGAUUAACGACAAUGAUUUGAAGAUGCAAUUUGACCUCACACAACGGGAUAUAUAA